AUGCCAGAGGGGGAAGAACGGGCGAAAUUAGCCGAAGUCAUCAGACAGUGGAACGACAACAGACUGGACUUGUUUGAAAUAAGUCAACCUGAUGAGCGCUUGGAGUUUCACGGAGUGCAGCGCUUCUACUUUGAGGACCGCGGCGGAGGAAACGUGGCCACGAAGUGCCUCCGUGUCUGCAGCGACUCUUCAACCCGCCAGGUUAUUGAAUCUCUGGCCGAGAAGUUCAGGCCUGACAUGAAAAUGCUGACUACCGGUUAUUCCCUGUAUGAGAUCCACGCCAAUAAAGAACGUGAACUGGAUCUGGACGAGAGACCUUUGGUUGUGCAAUUAAACUGGAACACGGACAACAGAGAAGGACGCUUUGUGCUCAAGAAGGACGACGAGCGUUUGGAGACCAACCUUCCCGAGAAGGAAAAAGGAGGCCUGAUCCAAAGCUUCAAGAGGACGCUGUCGAGAAAAGAGAAAAACAAAGAGAAACACAAAGCUAAAGCGACUUCACAUGAUGAGAAUGGGUCAACUGAGAAGCGACUGAACAACAACAGCAUCUGUGUGUCCAACCAUGAGAAAGGAAAGAGCUGCACGGGAAACAGAAAGCAACAGAGGCCGGCAGCCGCGGGAGGAAAGCACACGCAAGAUCUUUAUCCAGAUUUUUCCGAUCAACCCGGAUUACCAAUUGGAAUAAAAUUCUGUGACAGCUCGGAGGAAGCCUUCCUGUCCGCGGUCAUGAACUACACCAACAGCUCCACGGUUCAUUUCAAGCUCUCGCCUGCGUACAUCCUCUACGCCGCGGGACGCUUCGCUCUGCAACGCCACCACCGGCGAGGCUCGCCGCUCUGCGAUCACGGCGUCACUUUGACCGCAAGCAAAAUGGUGGCCGCGACGUCGAAGGUCAUCCAGAGACAGCUUGCCAUCGCCGGCCCUCUCGCCUUCUGGAUGGCCAACUCCUCUGAGUUGCUGAACUUCCUCAAGCGUGACAAAGAACUCGGCUCGCUCACGCGGCAAAGUCAGCUGGAUCUGUCCCACCUGGUGCACAAAGCGUACAGUUGCCUGCUACAGUGUCUACAGAAUGAGUUACGGAAGCACUUGCCAACUUUUUUGAUUGAUCCUGAGCUACAUGGCAAACUGCCAGCUGGUAUAGAGAUGGUGCUGAACACCUUGAUGAACACCAUGUCCCUUUUACGCCGCUGCCGGGUCAACGCUGCCCUAACCAUCCAGCUCUUCUCCCAACUCUUCCAUUUCAUCAGUGUCUGGCUCUUCAACCAGCUCAUGAGCCCGGAGGCCGACACUCCGGGCCUGCGCUCCCACUACUGGGGAGCCGCUCUCCGCCAGAGGCUCACGGCCAUCGAAGCCUGGGCGGAGAGGCAGGGCCUGGAGCUGGCUGCCGACUGCCACCUCGGACACAUCAUCCAGGCAACCACGCUCCUGACCAUGAACAAGUACUCGAUGGAAGACGUGAAGGCCAUCCAGAAUACCAGUUUCAAGUUGAACUCCCUGCAGCUGCAGACGUUGCUAUGCGGCUACCUCUAUGCAGCAAAUGAACCUCACAUUACGCCUGAUUUGAUCGAUGCUGUGGUGACGGCUGCGAAGGCCUCAGCAGAUAACCUGAUUCGGAGCGAAGGACGGGACAUCCAGCUGGAAGAAAGCCUCGACCUACAUCUGCCCUUCCUGCUGCCGGAGGGAGGAUACUCCUGUGACACUGUGAGAGGAAUCCCGCCGGGGUUUAGGGAAUUUUUGGAGCCAAUUUGCCGUAAAGGUCUCUGCUUUCUAACAACCCAGCCGAACUCUAAAGGUGACUGGACCGUGCACUUCAGUGAGACAACUUCCUCUGCAGAGAGCACAUGUUUGGCAGCACACGGAGAGCCAGACAUUGUGACUAUCACACUGAACAAACCUCUGAACAGUGGCAUGGGGGUCAGCAUUGUGGCUGCAAAGGGAGCCGGGCAAGAAAACCUGGGGAUUUAUAUCAAAUCCAUCGUCAAGGGAGGACCAGCUGAGAUGAAUGGCCGGUUAACAGCUGGGGACCAGCUGCUGAGCGUGGAUGGUCAAAGUGUGGUCGGCCUCAGCCAAGAAAGGGCAGCAGCUAUCAUGAUGCAAACCGGCCCCGUGGUGACCUUACAGGUCGCAAAGUUCGGAGCGAGCUACCACGGCCUGGAAGCUCUGCUGAGUGAACCAACAGGUGAAAACACCAGAGAACUUCAACCAGUCGUGGAUCCUGGUCCGUCGGAACGGCUCCACGGAGGCAGCAAGCGGUCCAAAGACGAGACGAUGCAGAGAAACCGACAACUGUACCGCUCCAACCCCGACAUGAACACGGGUUUCCCCCCCGAGGAUGGAGAUGAACCCGUCGACCCCGUUGUGGCUGCCGUCUCCAGUGUCAACCUUUGUGCUGAUACAGUUCACAGGGAAUACUUGACACUUCCAGCCCCGACGUCGCAGGACAAGAACGCAUCUGAAACCAGUCGACCACAGCAAACAUUGAGCGUGUCUUUGAGGCCUUUAGAUGGACAGUACUCCACUCAGAGGACCUUCAUGCGCCAAGCGCUGUCCCAGGAGGACUUGUGCGUGGACAGCAGACGCCCCCUGCUGGACAGAAGGCAGAACUUGUGGGAGCAGAAGGAGCAGCGUGCAAAGCAAACCCUGAGCCACUAUUCAUCUUUCCCAAUCCGCUCGAGUGUCUCCACUCACGACGUCCUCUCAGUUGAUUGUUCUCCUGCGUCGCAGCAGCAGCAGCAGGGCCGGCGCGCAAGCGGCGCCGGCGUCUGGAGGACUCCUUUCUCACAGCAUCCGACCCCGACGCCUUCCAACCAGCCCAUACGCAUCGACAUCCCCGUGACCAGGGCGGCGGGCAAACACACGGGCCCUCCUGCGCUCACCACCUUCCAGAGUUCAUCGUUGCUGGCGGCGAGGAUGAGCCAAACCCUGACAACACGUGGACACAAAAACAGAGCGGAUCAUAUCUACGCGUGUCCCAUGACCGCGACCAAGAAGAGGCCUCAGCCCUGGCUUCCCUCCCAGCAGCAGAGAGCCACCACUCACAGGGGUCAAGCUGCGAAAGCCCAAGUGAGCAUCACCCCGACCAAACAUGUCUCCUUCCAGGAGCCUCCCACGAAGCCAAAAGACCCUCAGGAGCAGGCCGACCCGUGGAGGAGGGAGGCCCAGGAGAAGCUGGAGAAGCAGCAGAGGCUCCGCGUGGUGGAGCUCUUGGAGCAGGAGGUGCAGGAGCUCCAGGGCAAAGCGAGGCGCUCGGAGGAGGAGGACGGCCGGCUCCGAAGGCUCAGUCUGGAGUGGCAGUUUCAGAAGAGGCUGCAGGAGGUCCAGCGGAGAGGAGAAGAUGAGGAUGAGGAAGAUGAGGAUGUGGACAUGAUGGUGACAAUACAGCAGAUGGAGAGAAGAGCGCAGGCGAAGACCCACGAGGGUAAUCUCUGCGGGGAACGUCGACACUGA